CUGUACAGCGCGGGAUCACGAGUUCCUCACACACCGCUCCGUCGGCGGCCUCGGCUCCUACAGCGUGCCGUCGGGUCAGCUGACAGUGACGUCACAUCCCCCGGUCUUCCGCACUCUCAGCUGGUUGUUCGCCGGUGACGUCAUCCCGUGCAGCGGCGAAGAUGGCGGACACUAUACCCCUCCAGCCGGUACAGAAAAGAGCGGCCUAUUACACGGCAGACAAGAGUAAGAGGAGGUAUCAAGACGAAGCAUCUCCCCUGGAUGAAAUGCCACUUAUGAUGUCAGAAGAAGGUUUUGAGAAUGAUGAAAGUGAUUAUCACACUUUACCACGAGCCAGGAUAACUCGCAGAAAAAGAGGAUUAGAAUGGUUCAUCUGUGGAGGCUGGAAAUUUUUGUGCACCAGCUGUUGUGACUGGCUAAUAAAUGUUUGCAGAAGAAGGAAAGAACUGAAAGCUCGAACUGUGUGGCUGGGAUGUCCAGAGAAAUGUGAAGAAAAAUAUCCAAGGAAUGCUAUAAAAAACCAAAAGUACAACAUCUUUACAUUUGUACCUGGGGUUUUGUAUCAACAAUUCAAAUUUUUCUUGAAUCUAUAUUUUCUGGUAGUUGCCUGUUCCCAGUUUGUGCCUGCUCUUAAGAUAGGCUACUUGUACACCUACUGGGCCCCACUGGGGUUUGUUCUCGCUGUCACAAUGGUAAGGGAAGCAGGGGAUGAAUAUCGAAGGUUCAAGAGAGACAAAGAAAUGAAUUCACAAUUAUAUAGCAAGCUUACCAUUAGAGGUAAAGUGCAAGUGAAAAGUUCAGAUAUUCAAGUUGGAGACCUUAUCAUAGUAGAAAAGAAUCAAAGAAUCCCAGCUGACAUGGUGUUUCUGAGGACCUCCGAGAAAACUGGUUCAUGCUUCAUACGCACAGACCAACUUGAUGGUGAGACAGACUGGAAGUUGAAAAUAGCUGUAAGCUGUACCCAAAGACUACCAGCGAUCGGAGAUCUCUUUUCAAUCAAUGCUUAUGUUUAUGCUCAGAAGCCACAACUGGAUAUUCACAGUUUUGAAGGUAACUUUACACGGGAAGAUACGGACCCAUCUAUUCAUGAAAGCCUUGGAAUAGAAAACACUUUGUGGGCAAGCACAGUGGUUGCGUCUGGAACUGUAAUAGGUGUGGUAAUCUAUACUGGAAAAGAAACAAGAAGUGUAAUGAAUACAUCAAAUCCAAAAAACAAGGUGGGCCUCCUGGAUCUAGAACUGAACCAUCUAACAAAGGCUUUAUUUCUGGCUCUGGUGGCUCUCUCCGUAGUAAUGGUCACCUUGCAGGGGUUUGUUGGCCCCUGGUAUCGCUACCUGUUCCGGUUCCUUUUGUUAUUUUCCUACAUCAUUCCGAUAAGUUUGCGAGUAAACUUGGACAUGGGGAAAGCUGCAUAUGGCUGGAUGAUUAUGAGAGACGACAACAUACCUGGCACAGUGGUGAGAACCAGCACCAUUCCAGAAGAGUUGGGACGGUUAGUCUAUUUACUUACAGACAAAACAGGAACACUUACCCAAAAUGAAAUGGUUUUCAAGCGUCUUCACCUAGGCACUGUGUCUUAUGGCACAGAUACAAUGGACGAAAUCCAGAGCCAUGUAGCAAGCGCCUACUCACCGGUGCAGCCCCAAACAAAUAAUAACAAUACCAGCUCAACUCCUUCAAGAAAAGUCCAAUCUUCAGCACCAAAAGUUCGUAAGACUGUUAGCAGCCGGGUCCACGAGGCAGUGAAAGCGAUUGCCUUGUGCCAUAAUGUAACUCCUGUGUAUGAAUCUCGUGUUGGUGUAAAUGGAGAAACAGAGUAUGCGGAAGUGGAUCAGGACUUCAGUGAUGAUAACCGCACCUACCAAGCCUCAAGCCCUGAUGAGGUUGCACUUGUGCAGUGGACAGAAAGUGUUGGCCUCACUCUUGUCAACAGAGAUCUGACAUCCAUGCAACUUAAAACCCCCAGUGGACAGAUUCUGACAUUCUUCAUUCUCCAAAUCUUUCCCUUUACUUCUGAAAGCAAAAGGAUGGGCAUCAUAGUCAGAGAAGAAUCGUCUGGAGAUAUCACUUUCUACAUGAAAGGUGCUGAUGUUGCCAUGGCUAGCAUUGUACAAUAUAAUGACUGGUUGGAAGAAGAGUGUGGAAAUAUGGCAAGAGAAGGACUAAGAACUCUGGUUGUUUCCAAAAAAUCAUUAACUGAAGAACAAUAUCAAGAUUUUGAGAAUCGAUACAAUCAAGCCAAGCUAAGUAUACAUGACAGAGCUCUGAAAGUGGCAGCAGUAGUAGAGAGCCUGGAAAGGGAAAUGGAGUUACUUUGCUUAACUGGUGUGGAGGAUCAACUUCAGGCAGAUGUCAGGCCCACGCUGGAAAUGCUGAGAAAUGCUGGAAUAAAGAUAUGGAUGCUUACUGGAGACAAGCUGGAAACAGCUACAUGUAUAGCAAAGAGUUCUCACCUUGUAUCGCGGAACCAGGAUAUUCACAUUUUUAGACCAGUUAGUAGUCGAAGUGAAGCUCACUUAGAGCUAAAUGCUUUCAGAAGAAAACAUGAUUGUGCCUUAGUGAUCGCAGGCGAUUCUCUUGAGGUGUGUUUAAAAUAUUAUGAGCAUGAAUUUGUUGAGCUUGCCUGUCAGUGCCCUGCCGUCGUGUGUUGCCGCUGUUCCCCAACACAGAAAGCACAGAUUGUUAAGCUUUUGCAACAGCAUACAGGAAGACGCACAUGUUCCAUAGGUGAUGGAGGAAAUGAUGUGAGCAUGAUCCAAGCAGCUGAUUGUGGCAUUGGCAUAGAGGGAAAGGAGGGGAAACAAGCUUCUCUUGCAGCUGAUUUUUCUAUAACCCAGUUUAAACACAUUGGCAGAUUACUAAUGGUGCAUGGUCGAAACAGCUAUAAAAGAUCUGCGGCAUUGGGGCAGUUUGUCAUCCACAGAGGCCUUAUUAUUUCUACUAUGCAGGCUGUGUUUUCCUCAGUCUUCUAUUUUGCAUCUGUUCCUUUGUACCAGGGAUUCCUAAUGGUAGGGUAUGCAACUAUCUACACCAUGUUUCCAGUUUUCUCAUUAGUACUGGAUCAAGAUGUGAAGCCUGAAACAGCUCUGCUGUACCCGGAGCUCUAUAAAGACCUCACAAAGGGAAGAUCUUUGUCUUUUAAAACCUUCCUCAUCUGGGUUUUAAUCAGCAUAUACCAAGGUGGAAUAUUAAUGUAUGGAGCUCUCCUGCUUUUUGAGUCAGAGUUUGUUCAUGUCGUUGCCAUCUCCUUCACUGCCCUGAUCUUGACAGAAUUGCUAAUGGUUGCAUUAACUAUACGGACAUGGCACUGGCUAAUGGUUGUAGCCGAAUUUUUUAGCCUUGGCAGCUAUGUGGCAUCACUUGCGUUCCUUAAUGAGUACUUUGGUCUUGGUAGAGUUUCAUUGGGAGCUUUCUUAGAUGUUGCGUUUAUUACAACACUUGCCUUCCUGUGGAAAGUAUCAGCCAUCACUGUUGUCAGCUGUCUUCCCCUUUACAUUUUGAAGUACUUGAAGCGCAAAUUCUCACCACCAAGUUACUCCAAACUUUCGUCCUAGUUAUGAACCUAUGGCAUUCCAGCAGUAACAUGCCUCACGUUGCCUCGCUGUUUUCUAGUGACUUCAGCCUUAUGAAUGAGAUAGCUACAGUGGGCCAAAGAGGAGAAGAGCACAUAAGAAAGGCUUUUAUAUGUUUCCCAAUGAGAGGACAAUGUUAUAACUGAUAAAAGUCAGUAAGAAAUGAAUGAGAUGAAUAUGUCCACCCUCAUUUACAUUCUGUUGUUCAUUUAUUUAUGAGCAUGGGAUCCUGACAUAGUCACUGGUUUAUUUUAUCUCCAUAUUACUCAAAUACAUAAUCCUACAGUCCCACAUUACCUUUAAACCUUACUUUAUCUUUAUAAUUCCCUUGUAUGCUGCUAAUCCAUUAAUUUUGAUAAAUCUGCACUAGAAGAUGUGUAUAUAUAAUCUAGUAGUAUUACUACGAAGAGGAAUGUUACUUAUGCUUACAUCAUGUUACAUCAUGCUUCAGAUAGAGAAUACUGAAUUAUUAUGCUUUAAAGGGUUUCCAAGUAGAUACAGCCUUUCUUCCUUAUAUGCUAAUAUGCAGUGUAGUAUACAAUCCAGCAGUAUCCCUUAGAAAUAAAAUGCUGGGAUGAUGGUACUUUAUGUGUCUCAAAGCUAUGAUAAGGAAAUUGAUAGGUUGUAUUUUCAGUAAUAGGUUGUUAGGACACCUCCCUUAAUCUGGACCUGUCACUUCUGGAUAAAACCAGUAUGAAUUGUCAAAGGAAAACUGGUUCACCCGCACUUAACAAGCAGGGCUAUAAUGUGGGUCAAAUUAAAAUGAGGUAUAAUUUACCCAGAUCUGUUGUUCGGUUCCAGAGACCCAAUAUUAGCCAUCAUUGCUGAUAUGUUAACUGUGGCUUUACGCAGUGGAGGUGGGACCCAGCAUCCCUUCCCACAGAGUGCUCACAUGGACAAAGGGUCCUCCAUUAAUAUAUAUGAGGUGGGUGGACAUAUUGCCCAAAGCUGGCGAUUAAGAUACCAAUAAUAACGGUUCUAUCUCUGGAACCGGACCACAGAUCCUGGUAAUUUAUACCUCAUUUUAUUCUUGUUCACCUACACUAUUACCCUGUGAAUUGGAUAUAGUGCAGGUGAACAGACUGUCUGUUUCGCUGUAAAGGUAUUCUAUAUGAUUUGUCUAAAAAGUAGG